AUGUAUUCCAAUAAUUCCAACCCAUUCUUUGUUGAUGAUGAGAUGGAUGAAGAAUUCUUGAGGGGUUCUCGAAGAAAAUCUGGGGGUGGUGCUUACCCAAACAUUGAGGACCGACGACAACAUUUGCUAAGCCAAAUAGAUGCCUCUGAAGAUAGACAGCUAGAAAGUACAAAGAGAGCCCUUGCUAGUAUUUAUGAUUCAGAAAAAAUGGCCGUCACCACUGCCGAGGAGUUGCUUGUUCAAGGAGACCAACUGGACAAUAUUGAAAGAAGGACAGACGAGAUCACUAACACAAUGACUGCAACCCAGAAACAUCUCAACAAUAUAAGAAGCGUGUUUGGAGGUGUCAAGAACUUUUUCAGCCGUGGCAAAGACAAGGCAGCUGAGGAGAUUCCUCAACCUCCACCUCGCCAGAGUCGGUUAAAGGAAACAGUAAGCCAAGUAGAAAAGGAUCGACCACGAAAUCCAAAUAUCGAUUAUAGUGGCCUGCAAGACGAUACUAGUCCUACUGAUUUGGACAGCAAGUUUCUGGCUGGAAGCCGCAGACCUGAAGUACAAAAAGCUGAGUAUAUACGAAGGAUAACCAACAGCCAACAAGAGGUGAAAAUGAAUCAGAAUUUAGGUAAGUGA